GUUGAUCUUGAUUGGUCGAACUUAGACACGAGCUCAAGCGAGAGUACCCAGUGUGGCGUAAUCGUUUCCAUCGUGUUGCUUCUGGCGUUUACCCUCAUCGUCACACCUGUGACACUGGCAGAGCAGCUUUUACCUGGUUUCUUCACGUUAAGGCCAGUUUAUCACUAUCCCAUGUGGCUUAUGCUGAGUGCGUGGGUUCCCUCUGACUUCAAGGGAAUUUAUUGGAGGGGAAGAAAGGGAGGCCACUCAACUACGGAUAGGGAAAACGAAAAACUAGCGUUAAUUACGAAGGCAGCAGAAGUGGCACACUUUGUAGCAGACACGGCGACAGUCCUCACGGGGGUCCAGGACAUGCAUAAGACCCAUCGGUGGGCCUCAUCUUCUGCGACGGGGUCAUCAGGCUCAGAUUCGACCUUUUGGUCCCUUUUUUCAAGGAGUAC